GCGCCCGCCGGGCCUCGGCACCCUCCAGGGGGGUGGCCGAGGUGCUGGGAAGCUUCGGCCACAGCAUCUGCGCCCCCGAGCCGGGCGCCGGGGCGCGGCGAGCCUGGAGAAGUUGGCGAGGAGCUCUGGAGAACUCAGGCCUUUCCAAGCUGUGCUGCCGCCUGAGCUCUGGAUCCACCUGGCUGUGGUGGCCUGUGGUGAUCGGCUGGAGGAGACACUGGUCAUGUUGAAAUCAGCUGUGCUCUUCAGCCACAGGAAGAUUCAGUUUCACAUCUUCACAGAAGAAUCUCUGAAGCCCGAGUUUGAUAAACAGUUACGACAGUGGCCUGACUCGUAUACAAAGAAGUUUGAGCACAGAAUCUACCCCAUCACAUUUUCAGUUGGAAACCCUCAGGAAUGGAAGAAAUUGUUUAAACCCUGUGCUGCCCAGAGACUCUUUCUUCCGGUGAUUUUAAAGGACGUGGACUCACUUCUCUAUGUAGACACUGAUGUUGUCUUUCUAAGACCUGUUGAUGACAUCUGGAAGUUUCUGAGGCAGUUUAAUUCUACCCAGCUUGCAGCCAUGGCACCUGAGCACGAGAUCCCGAAGAUUGGCUGGUAUAGCCGCUUUGCUCGGCACCCAUUCUAUGGCACUGCAGGAGUUAAUUCAGGAGUCAUGCUAAUGAAUUUAACUCGCAUAAGAAGUGCCCAGUUUAAGAACAGCAUGAUUUCAACAGGCUUGGCUUGGAAAGACAUGUUGUACCCUCUGUACCAGAAGUAUAAGAAUGCCAUCACAUGGGGAGACCAGGAUUUAUUAAAUAUCAUUUUUUAUUUCAAUCCAGAGUGUCUCUACGUGUUCCCCUGCCAGUGGAAUUACCGUCCUGAUCACUGCAUGUAUGGAAGCAACUGCAAAGAGGCUGAACGAGAAGGUGUGUCCGUCCUUCAUGGGAACCGAGGUGUCUACCAUGAUGAUAAGCAGCCAGCUUUCAAAGCACUCUAUGAAGCAAUCAGAGAUUUUCCCUUUCAAGACAAUCUCUUUCAAUCCAUGUACUACCCUCUUCAGCUGAAGUUUCUGGAGACUGUACAUACUUUAUGUGGACGAAUCCCACAAGUUUUUCUGAAGCAAAUUGAGAAAACAAUGAAAAGGGCUUAUGAGAAACAUGUCAUCAUCCAUGUAGGCCCCAACCAGAUGCACUGAAUAUUUUGCAUUCUUGCAAGUCAACUAAGCAUCUCAUGAGCAAGGAAAUCUUGAUCUUUAAGCUGCCUGGAUCUUUUGUACAUGAUUAUUUAAUGGUGCUCCAUGACAAUUGAUUUUAAAAAACCUUGUUAAAUGUUGCUAAAUUAGUUGCCCACAAGAGGGGUUAUGCUUUAGUUUUUUUAAUGCUAAAAAG